CUCUUCUCUUCUCUUCUGGCGUUCCAAUUUCUCCAAUUUUAUAUUACCCAAAUAAAAUCCCCUUAUUCCAUACCCUCCUUUAAAAGUCUUAUGGCUGUUUCAGGAGCCAUGUUUAUUCAGCUUUUAUAAUAAUAAUAUAUUCAUAUAAAUAAUACUCUCCUCUCUCUCUCUCUCUCUCUCUCUCUCUCUCUCUCUCUCAUAUAAUUGCUUUCUUUUUAGUAGAAAGAAUCAUGAAAGAGAGACAGAAUAAGCUAAGAAGCUAAGGUUAAGAUAUCAAAGCUCAGAGUCAAAGAAGUGAAAGAGAAACAGUAUCCUAAUAAUAAGGUAUGGGGAGGGCUCCUUGCUGCGACAAAGCCAACGUGAAGAAAGGGCCAUGGUCACCUGAAGAAGAUGCUAAGCUCAAGUCUUAUAUUGAGCAGCAUGGAACUGGUGGCAACUGGAUUGCUUUGCCUCAAAAAAUUGGCCUCAAAAGAUGUGGGAAGAGCUGUCGCCUUAGAUGGCUAAACUAUCUUCGCCCAAAUAUUAAGCAUGGAGGCUUUUCUGAAGAAGAAGAUAACAUCAUUUGCAGCCUCUAUAUCAGUAUUGGGAGCAGGUGGUCUAUAAUUGCAGCACAAUUGCCAGGAAGGACUGAUAAUGACAUAAAGAAUUACUGGAACACAAGGUUGAAGAAGAAGCUUCUUGGUAAGCAAAGGAAAGAGCAACACUCUCGAAAAGGUAGUCAUGGCCUAAUUAAGCAAGAAAUGAAGAGAUUAAAUGGCAAUCAAAUGCUUUCACCUAAUAUUAACAAUAACCAAAACCCUUAUUAUUGGCCAGAACUUCCCUUUCUAUCUCCUGUACCCUUCUCUAGUCAAGAACCACGCUUUAAUGACCAUGCCUCCAUUAGAAAACUACUUAUCAAACUUGGAGGAAGAUUUUCCAAUGAUGAUCAUCAACUCAUUCGGGUCGAUCCGACUAAUAAUCCUCAAUUCCAAAAUGAAACAUCAUACACUCAUAAUCAGCAACUCAAUUAUGAUAAUCCUCUCAUUAAUGUUUCUUCCUCGUCUUCUUCUUCUUCAAUGGAUGCCAUAAACGAUGCUUUUCAAUUUGCACAACAAGCAGUAGAAUACAAUAUAGAUGGAGCAGCUGGGUUUCAGAUGUUACAGCAAGAACAAGGCAAUUUGCCAUUAGGAGUUGAGGAAAUGUCAGCUUUUAACAAUCCACAGAGACUGGACGGGCUAGAGUUUCUAUUGGCUGAUGAAAUGUUAAAUAAUAGAUCAUCAGUUACAGGAACUUGUGGUGAAACAACCAUGAACAUGGGUGAAAUGUUGAGCUCUCUGGUUUAUCCUCCUAUGGCUUCAAAUUGUGCUUUUGAAGAGCUGAGGUACCCCGGAUCUCUAUAAUGUUUCAGUGUACAUUAUUAGUAUUAUUUAGAUGCUAUAAAUCAAUAUAUAUAGAUUUGUUUGUACGGGAAUUGCUUGUGUUGGAAACUUAGAGAAAACCCUAAUUAAUAAGUUCAGGUGUGAUAUAUGUGUUUCUUAAUUUCCCUAGUGACAGAAAUUAUAAUAUUAUAUAUGUAUAUCUAUUGUUAAACUUCUGGCUAGUUUAAUUAUUUGGGAAUUAUUGUUAAUUAGCUUUCAUUUAAUGUAUUUCAAGACAUGUUUUAGUAUGUAUAUUUUGAUAAUUUUCCUCUAAUUUUUCUUAAA